AGCCUGUUUUUUUUUUUUGAUCCAGAGCGGAACCGGAGCAGGAAGGCGGGCGGAGGCUGUUGCUGCCGGCGCGACUCUGCUUAAGUGGAAAAAAGAGAGAAAAGACAAGGAAACGAUGCUAGAGAACCUCUACGAUGAACGACGCUGAAAAGAAACAGUUUGGCUCAGUGGAAGAAGAAAGGAACUACUGGAAGGAGCUGGCUGUGAAAUACAAGCAGUGCGCAGAGAACGCCCAGGAGGAGCUUCGCGAGUUUCAGGAAGGGAGCCGGGAGUAUGAGGCGGAGCUCGAGGCGCAGCUGCAGCAGGUGGAGUCGCGGAACAAAGACCUCCUCUCGGAAAACAGCAGGCUGAGGAUGGAGAUCGAGUCGGUCAAGGAAAAGAUCACGACCCAGCACUCCGAAGGCUACCAGCAGAUCUCCACCCUGGAGGAAGAGCUCGCCCAGACAAGGGCUGUCAAAGAACAGCUGCAGAAGUACAUCCGGGAGCUGGAGCAAUCCAACGACGACCUGGAAAGAGCCAAGAGAGCCACAAUAAUGUCUCUGGAAGACUUUGAGCAGCGCAUGAACCAGGCCAUUGAGCGUAACGCCUUCCUGGAGAGCGAGCUGGACGAGAAGGAAAACCUCUUGGAAUCGGUGCAGCGGCUGAAAGAUGAAGCCAGAGAUUUACGCCAAGAGCUGGCUGUGCAGCAGAAGGAGAAACCCCGGGCCGCUGUAGAGGAUUCGCUGGAAGUAGAUCGGAUGGACACAGCCGUCCAGGCCACUUCCUCUGUGCCUUCAACUCCUGUAAGCCAUCGGGGCCUUAGCUCUGGGAUGAGCACCCCAGGAACACCCAGAAGAGGUCUUGAGGACGGCUACAGCACAACUCCGCUUACACCAGCUGCCCGAAUAUCUGUGCUCAACAUUGUGGGAGAUCUCCUCCGGAAAGUUGGGGCUCUGGAAUCCAAGCUGGCUUCGUGUCAGAACUUGGUGUACGACCGGGCUCCGUACCGAAGCCCCGCACCCCCCCAGGUCCACAUGGUACAUGAUAGGCGGCUGAGUGGCCCCUACGGCCCCCCGGGACUGGGGCUCGUCCCCACCACACAAGCCUGGCGGUUUCUGUGAUGCAGUAGAUCCCUAGAUCCACACACAGAAGACUUCCUUGGAAGAUCCAUCACAAAGACCCGAGCUGAGGCCCUGGCUGGGACGAAUGACACCAGGAACUGCAAGUCCCAGAACGUUAGAUGGAGCCACAUCCCAUUGCACCAAUGGAAAGAUGAACUGAACUUCUUCAGUCUAGCACAUAAUGCUGUGUCUUCUGCUAGAAGAUGAUGGAUAGUACCCGUGUCGCAUCAGAGCCAAUUUUCCACCGGAACGCAGCAUUGCUGGGCCACAAAUCUUAAUAACAAAUCCAGCUGGUGAAGGAAAACGGCUGCUUAGGAGAAGAUUUCUGAAGGGGGCAAGAUGUUUCCAUCCCUUUUUGUCUGCCCAUACUUGGACCUGGUGUAAUGUGAGGCUGUGCUCAGCUGGGAGAGCCCCGCCAGGAACCAUUUCCCUUGACUAGAGGAUUUAAAACUUGGUUUGACAGCCGAGCCAUCUCAGCUCGUCAAACGCCUUUUGUUAAGUGCUUUCUGCCAUUGGAGCAAAGUCACACCACCUCUUACUUUGCCAGUGGUGUUUGGGGACGAUGGUAUUUUUUUUUUAAAAAAAAAACCACACACCUACAAACAGCCCUUAAAGCCAGCUGCACGUUUGGAAGAGGAAAUAAGAGGUCCUGCAUUUUUAGGGGGGAAAUGUGCUUAAGAAUUUGAAAUCUGAUACAUUGAUGUUGCAUCGUUGUUUAUAAAGUUUGGGAAUUCAA